GCUGCUUAUUCACGCCCAAGUCCCUAACUCUAUUUCAUUUUCUCGUCGAUUUUAUUCACUUUCUCAGCACCCAAGCAACGGGCUGAAUGCAACCUUCAAAUUUUUGAUCUUGUGAACAAAAUUAUUAUUCAAAGUACCUCAAAAAGAAUCAUGUCAUGGUCAACCGUUGCUAGAGCUAGGACAAGUUUUCACCUCAAAUCCAUACCCCAAAAUCAUCCUCUUCAAUCCAGAGCUAACAGUUACAAGACUACGAGCACUUCACAUUAUUGGCCGAGUUUUGGCAGUUAUAAUCGGAUUCCAAGACCAAGAUGUGAAUUCAACACUUCACCAAUCGGUCAUUGGCAUGGCAAUGGUUGUAUUAAGAAGAAUUUUUCUACCUACAACGCUUCUAGUACAGAGCAGAAAUCGAGAAAGACACUAAUUUAUCUAACGGGUUUGGUUAUUGCAAUGGUUGGGAGUAGUUAUGCCGCUGUUCCUCUUUAUAGAAGGUUUUGCCAAGCUACUGGUUAUGGCGGCACCAUUCAGCGCCGGGAGAGUGUUGAAGAGAAGAUUGUACGGCAUUCUAAAGAAGGAACUGUAACUACAAGGGAGAUUGUGGUACAGUUAAUGCUUGAUGUGGCCGAUGGUAUGCCAUGGAAGUUUUUUCCCACGCAAAGAGAGGUAAGGCGUAAGCCAGGAGAAAGUGCUCUUGCAUUUUACACAGCUGAAAAUCGAAGUUCAACUCCCAUAACGGGUGUAUCUACAUAUAAUGUUAACCCCAAUGAAAGGUUAGGAUUUUUUUUUUUUUUUGACAGCAUGUGAAUUUUGAUUUUGA